UUUUUGGAGAUAUAUAGAGAUAAAAUGUUACAGCAAAAAAUGUUCAGCAAAGUAAGAUCUACACAUGAGUCAAAUGAGUGAAAUUGAAAUGAGAUAUUAAACUGUAUGCAAUAAAAAUAGGAGGAACAAUUUAUUUGCUUAUAUUUUAAGAUUCUGUGGAUUUAUUGAUUUUCGUGGGAUACCAAUUUUUGUGGAUAACGUGGGUGUAGGUGAAUCACAAAUUUCUCUAGGCUUGUUUCAACACAUAAUAAAAACCAUGAAAUGAAAUAUACAAAAAAACACAAUUUUUCCACAAUCCACGAAAACUGGUACCCACGAAAAUAAAUGAAUUCACAGUAAUACAGCUUACAUGUUCCUAUAUACUUUUUUUUAUUUAUUUUAAUUGAAGUAAAUGAAAAAUAUUUCCUCAGGAAUGCCCACCUUCUUAGUUAUAAAAGCAAAAGAAAUGAAAGCUGAAAUUAUAGAGUAUCUGCAGAAUUAUAAGCCAUUUAAAUCAUUGCCAAAAGUUGGAGAUCCUGUUUAACCAUUAUGUUGACAACACUAGAGGCAUAUCUGAGGAAGUGAGAGAUGAAUUAACUUCAUAUCUCAGCUUGACAUAUAAAGACAUUUUCAAUCUAUCUGUCAGUUCUGACAUUCCAUCUAUGAUGCACAACACUAUAUCAUUCAUAAUACAUCAUUCAGGAAACAAAGAUUUAAAUAAUCCAAUAGAUGUUUGCCAAAAUUUAGAAAGGAUCAGUGAAACUACUGGAGAAUAUGAAAGGAUUGGUAAAAAUACUAAAAAGGAUGCAAUUACAGGACUUAUUAAUCAUUCAUCGACAAAAGAUAAAAAAUCAGAAAUAGGCAGAAAAAGAUCAGGAAAUAAGAAAAUAGAUGCAGCAGAAUCCAAGAAGUGUACAGUAAGACUGACUGAUAUUGGUACUAUUAAAAACUUGAAAACAUAUGUAAACAAGACAGAGAAAAAAAGAAAAAGAAGGAAGAUAUGUGUAAAGAACUUGUAAAAAAAAUGUUAAAUGUUAAAGGGGCACUAGCUGUCAAAUUCAUGUUCACCGACUUUACUUAAUUUCUAGUAUUUGAUUUAUAAUAAUGAAUAAUGUUAACAUUUAUCCAACCUAUUUAAAGUCUAAAAAAAAUUAUUAGGAGGACACGGUAUAAAAUUACAUUUCGUGUGUUCGCAGUCUAGACCGCCAUCUAAUUAAUUAUUGAGUUGACCUCUAAAGUCUUUCAAUGACCAUAUAAGCGAUGUAAACAUAAAUAUAGAUAUAAAUAGAUCAAGCAAAUUCAUGCUCUUGGAUUAUUCUAGGUCUAUUUAAUUUUAUAUUAUAGAUGAAACAUUAAUGUUUAUCAUCGUUUUUAUCUGUAUAAGAAUGAUUUUCUGUGGAUCAAAUCAGUCAAUCAAUUGAUUUACCUUUGUUUCACUUUCAAUGUUGAUAUUCUUUUCCUUUAAAUAAUUUUACACAUUCAAUUCAUGUGUUAUCCAUUUCAA